AUGGAUUGGAAUGAAGAUUGUCAGCAAGCUUUUGAUAUGAUCAAGAAUUACUUAUUAAAUCCUCCGAUUUUAGUGCCACCUCAGCCGAGAAGGCCUCUGAUUAUGUAUUUGUCUAUUCUUGAUGAGGCUAUUGGAUGCGUUCUAAGACAACACGAUGAAUCUGGGAGAAAGGAGCAAGCCAUCUACUAUCUGAGUAAGAAAUUUACAGCAUAUGAGGCUAACUAUUCUUUCCUUGAGAGAAGUUGUUGUGCUUUAGCAUGGGUAGCUCUGAAGUUGAGACAUUAUUUACUCGGUUAUACCAUGUACCUGAUUUUGCGUUCUGAUCCUCUAAAAUACCUGUUGGAAAAGUCGAUGUCCACGGGACGUAUGGCUAAGUGGCAAAUGAUCCUCUCCGACUUCGACAUUAUUUUCACAACACAAAAGGCAGUCAAGGUUGAGGACAUGAGUGAGCAGUAUUCUGGAUGGAGGUUAUUUUUCGACGGUGUAUCGAAUGCUUUUGGAGCUGGAAUUGGAGCAGUUUUAGUGUCGCCUGAAGGGAAACACUAUCCUGCUACUGCUAAAUUACGGUUUCCUUGUACCAACAACAUGGCCGAGUAUGAAGCUUGUAUUUUUGGAUUGAAAAUGGCGUUGGACAUGGAGAUCAAAGAUCUGAUAGUAUUCACUACUUUGUCUUCGAUGAUCCAACAUCCAGAUGAGCUGGUGAUUGAACCUAUACAGAUUCAACUUCAAGAUAGGCCAACGCAUUGUCUGGUUAUGGAAAGGGUCUCUGAUGUUCACCCUUGA